AGCUCGGAUAGGAUACUUGCGAACCGCCAACGAUUUGAGAAAACCCGACCCGGAAGUUUUCUUGGGGUGCGAUCAGAUGAAAAAUGGCGGGAAAAUUUUCUAGGGCACAAAAAAGCAACUGACAUAAAUUUGCUUCCACACUGUUUCUUCUCUCUCGCUGUUUGAACGAUGGACAUCAAUGACAAUUGGGAGGACGAAGACGACGAGUUCGAGUUCUCGCGGAACUAUUUUCUUGCGAAGGAACUCGCUUCAUCCUCCAAGAAAUCUAAGUCAAAACACAAGCUCACUGACAUCACCGUCGUUGAUGAACAGGAAUUGAGGGAAGCCGCGUCGCAAAUUGAACCCAAGCAUGAAGCUGAGAUCGCUCUCUUGUUGGAUUCCUAUGAGACUAUGUAUCCUGAAUGGCUUUUCGCGCUAAGGUGUGGUUUUGGGCUUCUGAUGUAUGGCUUUGGAUCUAAGAAGGCUCUCAUUGAAGAUUUUGCUUCAACGGCACUGACUGAAUAUUCUGUAGUUGUUAUUAACGGAUAUCUUCAAGCCAUUAACUUGAAACAGGUUGUGAUAGCUUUAGCUGAAGUUCUAUGGGACCAAUUGAAAGCUAAACGAAAGGUUUCCAAUCGGGACUUGCCCAAGAGCCGGCAGUCAUUCAAUUCUCAAUCCAUGGACGAUCUUCUUACAUUUUUGGAUCAAGUGGAACUAGAGGACGGUGACUUUUUUGUUUGUGUUGUUAUUCACAACAUAGAUGGACCUGGAUUAAGGGAUUCUGAUACCCAACAAUAUCUUGCUCGACUAGCUGCCUGUGCCCGAAUUCGCGUUGUUGCCUCUAUUGACCAUGUUAACGCUCCUCUGUUUUGGGACAAGAAUAUGGCUCACACACAGUUCAAUUGGUGCUGGUAUCAUGUUCCUACUUUUGCCCCUUACAAGGUUGAAGGCAUGUUUUAUCCUCUGAUUCUUGCUCAUGGCAGCGCCAACCAAAAUGUCAAAACAGCUACAAUAGUUUUGCUAAGUUUGACACGCAAUGCCCAGAGUGUAUUUAAAGUUCUUGCCGAACAUCAACUCUCUCACCCUGAAGAAGGAAUGCCAAUCAAUGAUCUCUACUCUGUGUGUCGAGAACGUUUUCUUGUAAGCAGUCAGGUUACACUGAAUUCCCAUUUGACUGAAUUUAAAGAUCAUGAGCUGGUCAAAAUUAAGAAGCAUUCUGAUGGUCAAGAUUGCUUGCACAUCCCUCUGACAGCAGAAGCACUUCAGAAAGUUGUGCUCGAGAUCAAUUAGUAGCGAGGAUUGUCGUUCUUACGAAAUUGAAUGGGAAAGCGAAUCAGUUCAUGGACAUUUUCCUAAAGUGGUUGAUAAGCAGGAACUGUUCAUUGAAUGGAAAUCCAAUCAUCUGUAGCACGUUCUUGAUGAGAGCCUAAUAUUUAAGUUUCAAACUAGCUUUAAGAGGAAAUUUAUAAUCAGUUAGAUCACUCCCCCCCCCGGAUCUGGGGUAUUGUUUUGACCAAUUCUGUUUUGUCAAAAAUGUGAAUGAAAUGGUUAAAAAAUGUAUGUGAAAUGGUUGAAAUGCUUGUAAAGUAAUAUUUGAAAACGGAUGUUACUCAAUGAAAUUAGAAAUUAAAUCCAAUGUACGGUUAAUAUAA